AUGUCUACAUUCCCUCAAAGUUUCCAAGUACAAGGUGUUCAGCCAUUGGGAACUAAUAACGUUCCCCAAAAUCCUAAUGAUUUGACUUCUUAUAAGAGUACAGGCUUUUUGAGACGCCAUUCUGUAAGUGACACUUAUUAUAUCCAAAGACAGUUGGCACAACAACAAUUGCAACAGCAGCACGCUCCUCAGUCUGCACAAGCACACUACAUAAAUCAUCAACAACCAGCAUAUGCCUAUAAUGUGCCCCAUUACACCACUAGUCGGAAAGGAGGAUCAUUUAGCACCGGCGCAGUGCCAAUGUCCGGAGGACUAGGGCAAGGGACUAUUGGAGCCCCUGUUGCAUCUUUUGGUGUACAAUCUGAAGGUUACUCAUCUGGAAUUAACUCGAACAACGUUUCUGGUGGCGCACCUGGUCCUACGGGAUUGCGGUCCUCAGUUGGAUAUCGCAGUUCUAACAAUUUUACGUCGAAUGUGAGAUCUACGUCACCUCACACGAAAGAUCCCGAUUAUACCAAUAAGUUAGUAAAUGAAUAUUUUGAAACUGAUCCACACGAGAGAGUCAAGGUCACUGUUCAACUUUUGGAAGAUCAGUUUUUUGAUGAAGUAAACGGGUUUGUUUCCGGAGGCAUUGAAAUGAUUCAAUUACCUAAGAUGCCUCUCGAUAACCCUCAAAAGGGUCACCAGUUGGCACUUGUUGGGUUUAAAGCAGGUAGAAUUGAUGUGUUUGCACUUCCUUCGGAAUUAAAUCGAACAGUAAAAGUCGGCGAUUUGGUGAUUGUCGAAGCAGAUAGAGGUAAGGAUUUAGGUAAGGUAUGCAAGAUGAAUAUUUCUAUUGAUGAGGCAAGGUUGAUGAAAUUACUACAAUUUCAAGAACAACAAUUGGCUUUAAAUGAAGAUAUUCCAUCUCCAAACGUUCGGCACCUCUUGCAAGGCGGCAAUAAUGGAGGUUCAACAAAUGACUCUGGAAGCACACACGCGCUGGGACAUCAUGCUCAAUUGCCACCGGUUUUACAUGUUCCCAAGUCAAUCAUAGGGCUUGCCACGCAAAAUGAAAUUUUGCAAAUCUUGAACAAGAAGCAAGAUGAAGAAAAGGCUUGCCGUUUAUGUCUUGCUAAGAUAUCAAGCACUAUUGCUAAUGCUAAUGCUAGUGCUAGUCUUAAUGCUAAUGGUCUGUCAGGAACAGCAACUACUCAUAAUGGCAGUAAUUGUAAAACAAUAACGCUGGAUUUGAUGCAAAUGAAGUUGAUUGAUGCCGAAUAUCAGUUUGAUAGGAAGAAGUUGAUUUUUUAUUAUCUGACAUCCAAGCGUAUUGAUUUUAGAGAUUUGGUUAGGGAGUUAUUUCGAAUUUACAAGACACGCAUUUGGAUGUGUGCUGUUCAGGGAAUUCCAUACAUCCCCCACCAUCAUUACAAGAGCAAUAGCUUUAGUCAUACUAGCGGGGGUGUUACUAUAGGUCAUGGAAAUAGUAAUAAUGUUUCCAGCAAUAUCAAUGGUGGAGGGCACACCAAUGGUUACAAUAAGGCUACUCGAUCAUCCUCUGGUAGUAUUAAUGAUCGGAGUGCCAGAAGUAGUUAUGAUGAUUCAAGCAGUAAUCACAUAUCACCAAUAUCUACCAGCGAUGAUACAUUUACAGGUGUUCCAUCGAGCACUAAGAGUGGACUGGGUGGUCCUGAUAUUCCAUUUGAGAUUUUAAGCGUUCCUCGCAACUUUAAUGAGACUGGGGCGUCAAAUGUCAAUAAUUGUUCCCCUGAUCGUUCGAUGCCUGGCGCACGUAACGAAUUGGACGAAGAUAUAAAUUUCGUAGAGGGUGAAUCAUUUGUUUUGAAGUCAUUGGUGGAUCAAAUGAACAAUUGA